GAUGAGUGUGCUGAUAAACUAGAUAACUGUGAUCAGUUAUGUACCAACACUCUAAGAAGUUUUAAUUGUUCCUGUUAUCCUGGUUUUAAUAGCUCCAAAAAUGCAUGUAUUAAAACAGAAACAGGUAUAAAUCAGUGUAAAUCAGUCAACACAACAUGCACAUAUCGCUGCAAUAAUGACACUCAAGGCUGUUUUUGUAAACGUGGAUUUAUUCUGAAAGAAGAUGGCAUUGAUUGUAUAGCUGUGGACCCUUGCGUCAAUUUUUAUCUUAACUGCACCUCAAUGUUUCUGUCAUACUGGCUUCACUCUUAGCACUAAUAACUUUGAUUGCAUUGAUGUAAAUGAAUGCAAAUCAGAAAAUAACAAGUGUGAUGGAAACUGUGUUAAUACUAUGGGCUCCUACAACUGCUCAUGCCCUGUAGGCUAUAAACUGCAAAAUGAUAAAUUAAGCUGUCGAGCAUGUGAUGCUUAUCAUUGGGGAGAUAACUGCGAAACUACAUGUAACUGCAGCAUACAAGGCACGUCAAGUAGUGAUGCUGAAAUUGGAUGUCAAUGUAAAACAGGCUGGGCUGGGACAUGGUGUGAGAUUGAUCAAGAUGAAUGUUCUAGUGAAAUUUUUCCUUGUCUGCCAUUGUCUACAUGUAUUAACACACGUGGAUCAUUUGAAUGUCAGUGUAAAGAAGGAUACAUUGACUUAACUAAUCAUACAUGCACAGAAUGUUAUUAUGGAACUAACAGAUACAGUUGUAAUCAAAAUUGCACAUGUAAUGUAACAAAGGGUAUUUGCUUUCCUGAGAAUGGAACAUGUGAGUGUCUAAAGGGAUGGAAUGACACAGGCUGUAAUACUGAUAUAAAUGAAUGUAACUACCAAAUCAAUCCAUGUCAGAACAAUUCAAACUGUGUUAACACUUUGGGAUCAUAUAGAUGUGUCUGUGAUAAAGGCUUCUUUAAAUCAAACCAUGGUUGCACUCCUUGUAGUAAAAUGAAAUUUGGUCAAGACUGCAGUGAAAAGUGUAAUUGUGUUCAGCUUCACACUGAGAAAUGCAAUAAUAUUGAUGGAUCCUGUACAUGAAAGCCCGGCUGGACUGGAGUUCAUUGUGAGACAGAUAUUAAUGAAUGUUUAAACACUUGCUACUGUCCAGAUGCUGAUGACCAUUGUUUUAAUAUAA